AUGUCUUCUCCGCCGCCGGGAGGUUCUCCGGCACCUACUACACCGGUUAUACCACCACCCACUAACACCACUUCACCGCCACCUGCCGCCUCAGCUCCACCUCCGACCACCCCUGCUUCUCCCCCUCCACUAAAUUCUUCUCCGCCAGCCCCUGUUACACCAGUUUCUUCUCCGCCACCGCCGCCGGACACUCCAGCUCCGUCGUCCUCUCCUCCGGCGCCACCUACAUCCACCAACCCACCGCCUUCCACCACUUCCCCGGCACCACCUACUUCAAGAAACAGCCCGCCGUCUCCUGCGGGCCGAUCUACGCCAUCUCCACCGCCGCCAAGAAGUGCUUCCAACAAUCCUCCGGCGUCGUCGUCAUCGGACAAUUCAUCUGGGAUUUCCACCGGAGUUGUGGUUGGGAUCGCCGUUGCUGGGGUUUUGAUACUUGCUGUUUUAACCAUCUUGUUUCUUUGCUGUAAGAAAAAGAAAAAGAGAAGUCAAGUCCCCAUCGGUUAUUAUGUCCCUCCACCACCACCGCCUAAAGUUGGUCAACAAUGGCAGCAAAAUGCUCCACCGGCCACCGAUCAUCUUGUUACAAUGCCGCCAUUGAAACCCACUCCGCCACCUGCAAUGGCGGCAGGACGACAACCACCAUCACCAAUUGGUGCUCCUUCACCUCAGCCACCACCUCCACCACCGUUUAUGAGCAGUAGUGGUGGUUCAGGGUCGAAUUACUCCGGGGGUUCGAACCCACUUCCACCGCCUUCUCCUGGAAUGUCACUAGGUUUUUCAAAGAGUACAUUCACAUAUGAAGAAUUAGCCAUGGCCACAGAUGGAUUUUCAGAAGCCAAUCUUCUUGGCCAAGGUGGUUUCGGAUAUGUUCAUAGAGGAGUGCUUCCGAAUGGGAAAGAGGUGGCGGUUAAGCAGCUGAAAACCGGUAGUGGCCAAGGGGAGCGCGAGUUUCAGGCGGAGGUCGAGAUCAUUAGUCGGGUUCAUCAUAAACAUCUCGUCUCAUUGGUCGGGUAUUGCAUUUCGGGGGCUCAAAGAUUGCUUGUUUAUGAGUUUGUUCCAAAUAACACAAUGGAGUUCCACUUACAUGGAAAGAACCGCCCCGUAAUGGAGUUCCCCACAAGAUUGCGUAUUGCUCUUGGAGCGGCUAAAGGGUUAGCUUAUCUCCACGAGGAUUGCCAUCCUAAGAUCAUUCAUCGCGAUAUCAAAGCUGCUAAUAUUCUUCUUGAUUUCAAUUUUGAAGCGAAGGUUGCGGAUUUUGGGCUUGCCAAGAUUACUUCCGAUGUCGCCACUCAUGUUUCAACCCGAGUGAUGGGAACUUUUGGGUACUUAGCUCCAGAGUAUGCUGCUUCGGGCAAACUCUCGGACAAAUCAGACGUUUUCUCCUUUGGGGUCAUGCUCUUGGAAUUGAUCACCGGACGCAGACCCGUGGAUUCAGCCCAGACUUUUAUGGAUGAUAGUUUAGUCGAUUGGGCAAGGCCGUUGCUCACCCGAGCCAUGGAUGAUGGAAACUUUGAUGCCAUUGCCGAUUCACGUCUACAAAGAGACUACAACCACAGUGAGAUGGCUCGUAUGGUUUCUUGUGCGGCCGCCUGCGUCCGCCACUCGGCCCGCCGCCGGCCCAGGAUGAGCCAGGUGGUCCGAGCGUUGGAAGGCGACGUGUCACUCUCUGAUCUAACAGAAGGAAUCCGAGCAGGACAGGGGUCGGCCUACGGGUCCCACGGAAGCUCAGACUACGACACGGCUCAGUACAACGAAGAUAUGGUGAAGUUCAGGAAAAUGGCUUUAGGGACACAAGAGUAUGCUAGCAGCGAAUAUAGCCGGCCCACGAGUGAAUACGGGUUGUAUCCAUCUGGAUCGAGUAGCGAAGGGCAGAAUACCCGAGAAAUGGAAAUGAGAAAGUAUCGAAGAGACGGGCGAGACGGAUUUUGACGAUAAAAAUCGAGUGUUUCUUGAUGAUGAUAUUUUCUUGUAUGUUAACACCAAAAAUUGUUGGAAUGGGCAUGUUUUGUUGCAAGUUUGAUUGUAUUUAUUUACAUUUUGUUAUAUACAAACACAAAUUCUUUUA